AAAAUAUCUUUUGUCUUUGGACGUUUUAUUCUAGAACCAGAACGACGUAAAAUGACACUAAUGACAGCCACGUCAGAAGGUUAUAUUGUUGUUUUUAUUUUGCGAUAAUAUUCUUUUUGUCCCAAAUAAUGUCAACAAACUACAAAAAAAUAUUCGUCACUGUUGGCACUACACGAUUCGAUACUUUAUGUACAACCAUCAAUAAAGAAUCCACACUCGAAGCUUUAAAACGGUUGGGAUGCAAAGACGUAACCAUGCAGAUUGGUUCUAGCGAUUUAAAAACAGGUGAAUAUGUAAAAUGCGGCAUAAAUCUGGAGUUAUUCAAAUACAAAGAUUCCUUAGACGAAGAUAUAAUGAACGCCGACUUGGUUAUAAGUCAUGCCGGGGCCGGCACUUGCUUAGAAGUUUUAGAAGCUAAUAAACCACUUCUGGUCGUCGUCAACGAGGACUUGAUGGAUAAUCAUCAACUGGAGCUAGCGGAGCAGCUGCAGGUAGACGGCCACUUGUAUUAUUGCACGUGUGACACGUUGGAAAGCACUUUGCAAGAAGUCGAUUUUAGUUUACUCAAGCCAUUUCCGAAACCUGAUGCUUCAUUGUUUGUUAAGUUUCUAGAUGAUGUAUUUAAGGUUACACUACCUUCAAGCCAGAUAUAGGAAUUGGAAGCUGUAAUUUUUCUUAUCAAUAUUAUGACUGUGCUAACCUUUUGAUCAUAGAAAAUUAUGUAUUCGAUUUUAAUUAUGUUUUCGAUUAAUCUAAAAUGGUUAUUAUUUAAAUAUUAAUCUGAAUAUUGUUAAGAGCUAAAAUAGUUAUUAUUUAAGUUGAUUAAAUAAUGUUAAGGGUAAUUUAAAAGCAAUAUAUUUCAAGAUCUCACAUGCAAAAAAAUAUAUUUUAAUAUAUAUUGCAACCACAUUCCUAAUUUCUUUUUUAGUCAGUAUGACUUCAUUAUUUGUAAAUAGUAUACAUUUUUGAUACUACUUUUAGGUAUAUUAAUAAAACAAUACAUUUAAA